GGGUUGUCGGCCCGCGGCACGCACAGCCGCCGCAGCCGCCUCGCGCCUGUGUCGGGGUCGCAGCUCGCGCCGCAGCCUCCGCGCGCCCGCCGCCGCCUCAGCAGCCUCAGCGCCGCGCUCCGUGGCUCGAACCCUCGGGCUCCCCGGCUCCCGCCGCGCCGCCGACACCUCUCCGCGCCCCCCCAGGCCGCCCCGGUCUCCUCCCCCGGCCCGACCUCGCCCGCGAAGAUGGUGGACCGCGAGCAACUGGUGCAGAAAGCCCGGCUGGCCGAGCAGGCGGAGCGCUACGACGACAUGGCCGCGGCCAUGAAGAACGUGACAGAGCUGAAUGAGCCCCUGUCGAACGAAGAGAGAAACCUGCUCUCCGUGGCCUACAAGAACGUGGUGGGGGCGCGCCGCUCCUCCUGGCGGGUCAUCAGCAGCAUCGAGCAGAAGACGUCGGCCGACGGCAACGAGAAGAAGAUCGAGAUGGUGCGCGCCUACCGCGAGAAGAUCGAGAAGGAGCUGGAGGCCGUGUGUCAGGACGUGCUGGGCCUGCUGGAUAACUACCUGAUCAAGAACUGCAGCGAGACCCAGUACGAGAGCAAAGUGUUCUACCUGAAGAUGAAAGGGGACUAUUACCGCUACCUGGCCGAGGUGGCCACCGGAGAGAAGAGGGCGACCGUCGUGGAGUCCUCCGAGAAGGCCUACAGCGAGGCGCACGAGAUCAGCAAGGAGCACAUGCAGCCCACCCACCCCAUCCGCCUGGGCCUGGCGCUGAACUACUCCGUUUUCUACUACGAGAUCCAGAACGCCCCCGAGCAAGCCUGCCACUUAGCCAAGACGGCCUUCGACGACGCCAUCGCCGAGCUCGACACGCUGAACGAGGACUCCUACAAGGACUCCACUCUGAUCAUGCAGCUGCUCCGCGACAACCUGACGCUCUGGACAAGCGACCAGCAGGACGACGACGGCGGCGAGGGCAACAACUAAGGGCCCCGCGGACUGGCGGCGCACGUUGAUGCUACCACUGCAGUCUUUCUUUUCUUUCCCAUGCGUGGGGGGCCGGGCGGGGGAGGGGGAGGGAGGGCUGACCUUCCCGGGGGGACCCACGACCUGUCCUGUCUUUGAUCGCCUCUUUGACAUUUUUGCCAAAAUGCCACUAGUGGAGAGUCAGGCUGGCUGUGCUGGUGUCGGGUUAGCAGCCGCCCGCUGGCACACGGACUGUUCUGUAGACGAGUGCGAGUCGAGCUGUCUGUCUUUAAUUUAACUUAUUGCUAGCGAGUAGGGUUGGAAGGCGGAAGGCGCAUCGGAAGCGGAAUGGCCCUCGUUCAGUAAGUUCUGUGGUUCCAGUAAGGAUUGUUCUGUGCAUAUGCUCUUGUCUUAAGUUGUGGGUAUUUUUUCUAUCUCAUCUGUUUGAGCUGUGCAUUUCCCCUCUCCCCAGGCCCCCCCGCCCCCCCGGGUGUUCUCGCACCGGACAUGGAGUAGGUUAAGAUUCCCAGCCGGUUAGACUUGGCCCCGAAGGCCUAGUGCUCCUUAGGGUUGAGGCCUCGCCAGUUCCUUCACAUCUCUGAUUAGGUGACAGUAUUAACACUAAAUUGCAGUUUACAGUAUUUCUACAUGACAGCCAUAUGUAACAUCAAGCCAUGGGCGGUGUCUUGCUUUCUCUCUGCUAGUUGUUUUGGCUUUUCCAUCCUGUGCUCCGGCUCCUUGGCCAGAAGGCGUGCCUGGGGCGAGUCCCAGCGCCUCCGUGCGGCUCCCACGGUGCUUGGCAGGUGGCUGUGGGGCGUCUGUCCUUUUGUCCAUCACCAAAACUGCUCAUCACUUGGCUAAAAACGUUAAACGACACAAACAUGGAGAAAAUUCAGGUCUGUAUGUCCUUCCUCGUGUUGAUGCUUCUCAGAGCGCGCCCUGACUCCGCGGGUCUGUGGGAUUCAGGUGCUAGACUCCUGCCGGGGUACGGGCCGAGGCACGGUCCGGACCGGCUGGGGCCUUGGGCGUGAGGCAGCCUGAAACCCUUCUCGGAGAAGCGAGACUGAGUCUGGUUUGACCCUAACUCUCCAGGUCCUCCUUCCCUUUAAACAGAAGCUCUGAGGCUGGCGGUUGGCUUCUCUCCUGUGCUCCCAGCGCACGUUCUGGCAGCGAGGAAACGGCGUUGCUGCUGGCACCGUCCGUCCGUUUCCAGCGUGCCCACGGCCUCUUCCCGGCCUCCGGUUUCUGAGGGGGCAGGAGGCGAGGCCUGUUGCUUGCUGUGGGAUCAGCAUUUUCUUGGAGAUCGAGAGUGCCAGCUGCCGCCCCCUGGGAGGUGGACUCUGUCUGUCGCUUUAGGCAAGGGGGCAGGAACAAGGGGGAGCAACCGACCGACCGUUACUCUGGCUGAAACCGAGUAGUGCGAACAGGUCUGGCAGGGUCCGAUGGGGGGAGGAGGGGUGCUCGGGGGCAGGGAGCCCCCCUACAGGUCUGCGUGGUUCAGGGGUCCCGGAGCCGGGGUGUGGGUGGUAUGGCAGAGCUUCCCUUCCUUUAUCUUCAUGUCCGGUGAGCGGCAUCCGUCCAUUCUUGUGGCAUUUGAAAAUGAUUUACUGGAAUUACAAAACCUAUUUUUUUCCCUUCCCUUCAAAUUUCAGCUUUGGCUCUGGCUGCUUUUUAGAACAAACGUAAGAUAAAGUCAUACCCGAGGGCUAAAACCGAUGAGGGAAGGAGGGAGAUGUGACGUUUAAGCAGCUUGAAUGGUUUCGUUUCUUUUCUUUAAUUUUAAAGAAAUGCACUUGCCUCUGAUAGUCUCCAGUGAAGCGAUUACUCCUCCAUUACUCUAUGAUACAAUAUUGUGCAUGCUAGUGUUGUAUUUCUAUACAGUAGCUUGAAAUUUAUUAACUUAUACUGUAGGUGUUAUGUAUUCCAAUGACAAAAAAAAAUUUAAGUCUUCAAAUUUUUUAAAAGUUUUUUUAAUUUAAUUUUUCCUUUCGGGGGUAAAGUUUGCUCUACCAAAUAGUGAUUGUAACAAAUUGAUCUGUUUUGGAUGUUGCUAUAGUGACAUGCAGUUAUAUAUUUUGUUUUUAAAGGGGUGGGGGGGAGCAAAAGAAACACCAGUGUUAGCUUAAUCUUAAUGUCUGGUGUUUGUCAUGGUGAAUUAUAACUAUCACAGUGUAGGAGAACAAUGGCUAUGUUCUCUGAAUGAGCCUUUGUGCUUUUUUGUCAUGUUAUGCAGUGAACUAUUUUUAAGGUCUAAUCAGUGAUUAUUUUUUCAACUCCGUGUUUCUCUAAGGAAUUAUUUCACACACGGACCAUUCUUAGCAGUUUUCCUCAGUGAUGGAAUAUCAUGAAUGUGAGUCAUUAUGUAGCUGUCGUACAUUGAGCAAAUAAACUUACAGAUCUGA